AUCACUGUCUGAUGAAGCCAACAGGACCACAUCAUCUGCAAAAAGCAGAGACCUCAACACCUUGGCUGCACCCAGAAAUCAUGUUUAUAAAAGUUAUGAACAGAAUCUCGGACUGUUUAAAUAUGUUUACCUAUGGUUUGGGAGUGAGACGUUGGCUGGUGUCUCUCUCCAUAGGGUGUCCAGGUUCUGCCUUAGUCGUAGAGUGAGGAGCUCUAUCAUCCUCAGGGAGAAGAGCACCUGCCUCUUACUGGAGAGAUUAAAUCUGAUUACAUCUGAUCUGGGAAUGCCUUGGGAUCUUCCAGGAGAAAACGAGGAGGGAGGGGAGAUGUCUGGACUUCCCUCGUGGAUCAUCCUGGAAAAUAGAUAUGGAUGGAUGGAUGGAUGGAUGGAUGGAUGGAUGGAAGCAACAGUGCUGCAAUGCAGCUUCUUUGCAAACAUCCAGGAUCCAGACAUUUUAGUUGUUAAUAUUAUUUUAGACACCAGCUUUGUUGAAGAGAUGUAAAAAUGACUAAAUCAAUGCAUGAAACACACAAUUACUGUGUGAAAACCAGAUUAUCUAUGAUUUUGUGUUUGGAACUGUGACAAACAAAAAAAAGCAGCUCAGAUUGACACCUACACACACACACACACUGAUACGCUUUUCCUGAGCCCAUCAGUUACCUUGGGCGUUGAAAGCAGCAGCAGCCUCUCUGACAAACACUACGUGGAGCAACCACAGCCUGGGUGGAGCCCACAUCUCGCAACUGAAACACUCAUUAUUUGGCAACACGUUGCAGAUAAUUACCCCCCUGCAGACGCAGUUGCCCUCAACACUUGUGGGACAGAAGAAUUGGACUGGCUAACUGUGGUGUAAAACCCAACUAGUGGCAGUCACCGGUCUUUACUCAACCCUGACGUCUACGAGCAUUACAGGAAUACAGAAGUAACUUAUCAGCUUGCUUGUGGUGAGUGUGUGUGCAUCACUGUGUGUGUCCUUUUUUGAGCAGUUCUUGUUUCACACACACUCUGACUGUGGGAGUAUGAGGAAGUAGGUCUUGAAUGCUCUACUGGAUGACUCGUAGUGUGCUUGCUGCUGCUGCUGGUUUUGACCGUUGGGCCCCCGAGUGAUGGCUGCAGUCUGAAGGGGUCCAACUGUGGACUUAAACAUCACCCACAAGACCACACACUCUGUGAACGGUGGACGCCCAAGGAGGAGAGGCUCUCAGGAACCAUGGCUAAGUACCACUGGCAGAGUCAAAAUGUCAAGCAAAGCGGCGUGGACGACAUGGUCCUGCUGUCAAAGAUCACCGAGGACGCCAUCGUGGAAAACCUCAAGAAGAGAUACUUGGACGACUACAUUUUUACUUACAUCGGUCCUGUCUUGAUAUCAGUGAACCCGUUCAAACAAAUGCCUUAUUUCACCGACAGGGAGAUCGAACUCUACCAAGGAGCCGCCCAGUAUGAGAACCCACCACACAUCUAUGCCCUGACCGAUAACAUGUACAGGAACAUGAUGAUCGAUGCAGAGAAUCAGUGUGUUAUUAUUAGCGGUGAGAGCGGUGCAGGGAAAACUGUGGCUGCCAAAUAUAUCAUGGGUUACAUUUCCAAAGUGUCUGGAGGCGGAUCAAAAGUGCAGCACGUUAAAGACAUCAUCCUCCAGUCAAAUCCCCUGCUGGAGGCAUUUGGUAACGCCAAGACUGUCCGCAACAACAACUCAAGUCGUUUUGGGAAAUAUUUUGAAAUUCAGUUCAGCAGAGGUGGCGAGCCAGACGGUGGCAAAAUUUCAAACUUCCUGCUGGAGAAGUCGAGGGUGGUGAACCAGUAUGAGAAUGAGAGGAACUUCCACAUUUACUAUCAGUUGAUAGAGGGCGCCAACGCUCAGCAGAAAGAGGGUCUGGGAAUCAUAACUCCUGACUACUACUACUACCUCAACCAGUCUGGGACCUACAAGGUGGAUGGGACCAAUGACAGCAAAGACUUCCAGGAAACCAUGGAGGCCAUGCAGGUGAUCGGGAUCCCAGGUGACAUCCAGGCUCAGGUGCUGCAGAUCAUCGCGGGUAUCCUCCACCUGGGGAACAUCAGCUUCAUAGAGGCUGGCAACUACGGGCAAGUGGAAAGCACAGACUUGCUUGCCUUCCCUGCUUAUCUACUGGGCAUCGACCCGAACCGCCUGCAAGACAAGUUGACCAGCAGAAAGAUGGAUUCAAAGUGGGGAGGGAAGUCGGAGUCCAUCAACGUAACCCUGAACCAGGAGCAGGCCACCUACACGCGCGAUGCCUUAGCCAAAGCUCUUUAUGCACGUGUCUUUGACUACCUAGUAGAGGCCAUUAACAAAGCCAUCCAAAAGCCCUAUGAGGAAUUCAGCAUUGGCGUGCUUGACAUUUAUGGCUUUGAGAUUUUCCAGAAAAACGGGUUCGAGCAGUUUUGUAUAAACUUUGUCAAUGAAAAGCUGCAGCAGAUCUUUAUUGAACUCACUUUGAAAGCUGAGCAGGAAGAGUAUGUUCAGGAAGGCAUUAAGUGGACGCCCAUCGAGUACUUCAACAACAAGGUUGUGUGUGACCUUAUUGAAAAUAAACUGAACCCUCCUGGCAUCAUGAGUGUGCUGGAUGAUGUAUGUGCCACCAUGCACGCCAAAGGAGAGGGUGCAGAUGGCACUCUGCUGCAGAAGCUGCAGGCGGCCGUAGGAACGCAUGAGCAUUUCAACAGCUGGAACUCCGGUUUUGUCGUACAUCACUAUGCCGGGAAGGUGUCGUAUGAUAUCAACGGCUUCUGUGAGCGAAAUCGAGACGUGCUCUUCCCCGACCUUAUUGAGCUAAUGCAAAGCAGUGAAUUUGACUUCAUCCGUAGCUUGUUCCCUGAAAACCUCAACUCUGACAAGAAGGGGCGGCCUACAACAGCGGGUUCAAAGAUCAAGAAACAAGCUAACGAGCUGGUCAACACGCUGAUGAAGUGCACUCCUCACUACAUCCGCUGCAUCAAACCCAACGAGACAAAGCGGCCAAAGGACUGGGAGGAGAGCAGGGUGAGACAUCAGGUUGAAUACCUCGGGCUGCGGGAAAACAUUCGAGUACGAAGGGCUGGAUUUGCAUACCGCAGGCCCUUCAAUAAGUUCCUGAUGAGAUAUGCCAUUCUGACACAGGAAACGUGGCCGUGCUGGAGGGGCCCGGAGCAGCAAGGGGUCCUUCACCUCCUCCGAUCUGUCAACAUGGAUAAUGAUCAGUACCAGAUGGGACGCACCAAAGUUUUUGUCAAGAAUCCAGAAUCGCUGUUCCUGCUGGAGGAAAUGAGGGAGAGGAAGUUUGACACUUUUGCCAGAAUUGUUCAGAAAGCCUGGAGAAGAUUCAACGCCAGGAAGAAGUAUGAGCAGAUGAGAGAAGAAGCCUCAGACAUCCUGUACAACUCCAAAGAGCGAAGGAGGAACAGCAUCAACAGGAACUUUGUCGGAGACUACCUUGGUCUAGAGCAGAGACCUGAACUGAGACAGUUCCUGGCCAAAAGGGAGCGUGUUGACUUUGCUGACUCAGUCAACAAGUUUGACCGCAGGUUUAAGUCUAUCAAGAGAGACUUGAUCCUGACCCCUAAAGGCAUCUACCUGAUUGGUCGAGAAAAGGUGAAGAAAGGACCUGAGAAAGGGCAGAUCAAAGAGGUGCUGAAACGAAAGCUGGAGUUUGGACACAUCAACAGCGUCUCUCUCAGCACAAGACAGGACGAUUUCUUCAUCGUGCACGAGGCCCAGUACGACAGUCUGCUGGAGUCCACCUUUAAGACGGAGUUCCUCAGCUUGCUCUCAAAACGCUAUGAGGAGGUGAUCAAGAGAAAACUGUCAGUCUCCUUCUCUGACAGACUGGAGUUCAGAGUGAAGAAAGAGGGCUGGGGCGGGGGCACCACCAGAGUGGUGGCGUUCCAGAGGGGUCAUGGGGACCAGGCCUAUCUCAAACCUGGGGGGAAGACUCUCAUGGUCACGAUAGGAGAUGGUUUACCCAAGUCCUCAAAACCAACAAAGAAGUCUGCUCUGGAGUCCCGAAGUGGAAGGAGAAACCAUGUAGCCAGCAGAGCACACCAGAAUGGAGCAGCCAAGUUUUCCAGAGCCCCUCAUCAGCAACAGUCUGAAAUCACAUAUUCUGCUCCGCACAAGCAACAACAACCGCCCAAAGCAGCUCUGCCCAAACUAGGCUCCCAGAGGACUUCCCGAGUGCCAGCCCACAACCAGCAUAACCAGAGCAACAUGGACUUCCUCAACGUUCCUGACCAAGGCAUGUCAGGGAAACAGAGGAGGAGGAGCAUCAGCCAUCGACCUCCCCCUGCUCCUAAACCUCAGCCGCGACCUCAGGGCCCCUGCUGCCGAGCCUUAUAUCAGUACAUUGGACAGGACACCGAUGAGAUCAGCUUUGAGGCUGAUGAUGUGUUUGACCUCGUUAAAGAAGAUCCAUCAGGCUGGUGGACGGGCAGGAUCCGAGGAAGGGAAGGUCUCUUCCCUGGUAACUAUGUGGAAAAGAUCUGAAAGAGACUUGUCAUGGACAUCUCUGUGCCUCACAGUGUUUCUUUCCUGCAACAUGCUCUGGUUGGUCAUUGGAAGGUAGUUCUUGUUUAGGGGAGAACCUUGCAGACAUUUGAGCUGGAGGCGUCACUGUGUUUGUUAAAGUGCGACUAGAAGGAGCUGCUCAGGUUUCAUCUCUGCUGAUCAGAGUUCCUCUCUGAAUGACCUUCAGCUGCUGGCAGACAUCUUCUUCCUUUGAGUUAUUUCUGAUAAAGACUCGAGUUCAGCCGCAACAGAAAAACAAACUGAUAAAUCUGCACCUCUCCCUGGUGUCUGCAGUCCGCUUUUUUCAGGAGCAGCAUCCACCUCAGGUCCGUGUUCUUGAUUUAAAUCAAGUUUCAUUAGAAGCUUGAUUAAACACACAAAUUCAGCACUGCAACAAACUCGCUUCUGAUAAAGAAAAUCAAAGCUUUUGAAGGAAAUCUAUGUGAUCAGGGUUGGUUUAUCUUUUAAUUCUGCAUUAUUUAGUGUUUUCAUAAAUGUGGUCACAUAAACUAAUAAAAAAGAAAUAUAUUUUCAUACUUUUACACAUUUUCUGCCUCAUCAGAACAUUUAAAUAGAUUUCAAAUCAGAAAUGUCUAUUUCAUUUGCACAUGUUGCGUUUUGUAAAGUAAUUUCGUUAAAGUCAGUCGGUUUAUGAUUUUGUACAUGAAUAUAACACAAAUAAAGACUUGCUGAGAACAAA